CGCGUGACUCUACCGUUUCCCACGCCCAACGGCGAUUCCGGUUUGCAAUAGCCUCUCCUUCGCGACAUGUCAUAGCCAUCUCUUAUCGCUGUCCGAUUAUCACAUCAGCUUGACCGGCGCACCUCUCGUGUGGCGUCUGUCAGCCUCUCUCUCUCUCUCUGCCGCCCAUCAUGAGCGAUCUCGACAAAGCGAUCGCGCAGCUGCGCUCAUGCCGCCCCAUUCCGGAAGACCAAGUGCGGGAGCUCUGCCACCGCGCCAGAGAGCUUCUCAUCGAGGAGGGCAACGUCGUCACCGUGACAGCGCCGGUAACAAUAUGCGGCGAUAUCCACGGCCAGUUCCACGACCUGAUGGAGCUCUUCCGCGUCGGCGGUGACGUCCCCGACACCAACUAUCUCUUCAUGGGUGACUUUGUCGACCGUGGCUUCUACUCUCUCGAAUCAUUCCUCCUCCUCCUCUGCCUCAAAGUCCGAUACCCGGACCGAAUGACCCUGAUCCGUGGCAACCAUGAGUCUCGACAGAUAACGACAGUGUAUGGUUUUUACGACGAGUGUCUUCGCAAAUACGGCAGCGCAAAUGUAUGGCGCUAUUGCUGCGACGUAUUCGAUUAUCUUGCCCUCGGUGCCAUCGUUUUGGGUGCCUCCAGCACUCUCUCUCCCGGCUCUCCAGAAGACGACGACACCGAGAUUGAGGUCUGCGAUCAGGCUGGCUCUAUAAUCAGCCGUUUCCCCCGACAGUCUGCCAACCAGCCCUCCCAAGAGAAACUCGACAGCUCUAGCAAAAAUACAGUGGACAAGACGGGUCCACCUGGUACGGGGGCAUCUGGGUCUAGCAGCGGCAGCGUAGGAAACCCCACGGGAGCCAUCCUUUGCGUCCACGGCGGACUCAGUCCUCUAGUUGAUACAGUGGACAAGAUAAGGCUUAUUGACCGGAAGCAAGAGGUGCCUCACGAAGGAGCCAUGUGUGACCUCCUCUGGUCCGAUCCGGAUGAAAUUGACGGAUGGGGCCUGUCUCCCCGAGGAGCUGGAUUCUUAUUUGGUGCCGAUAUUGUCAAAGUUUUCAAUCACCGCAACGAUCUAAGUCUAAUUGCGCGUGCGCACCAGCUUGUCAUGGAAGGGUUCAAGGAGAUGUUUGACGCUUCUAUUGUCACCGUCUGGUCUGCCCCGAAUUACUGCUACCGAUGCGGCAAUGUCGCCGCCGUGUUGGAGCUCACUGAGGAUGAAUCAGGCACGGGCAUAUUCCAGCGGACCAAUGGAGACGUUGGCCGUAGCUCUGGUGGCAUAGUUGAGCCGAGAGGCGGACCCAAGAAUGGACCUGCUCGACGGUAUCGCGUGUUUCAAGCCGCACCGCAGGAUUCCAGGGGGAUGCCGGCUAAGAAGCCCGUCGCGGAUUACUUCUUGUAAAGGGGGGUCAUUGAUUUGGUUUGUCUCGUUUCUGCACCUUUUUUUUUUAGCAGCUUAGAGGAUUCCCUUCUACCCUUGCUCAUAUUCACCUUUUCAUGUAUCUUGGCUAUCCAUCCAUCCAAGAACAGCAGAGGAUAUACUUGUAUUUUUUCAGCGGCGAACAUAUCGGAUAACCUUGUCUCGGCGUAUGGGGGUUCAUGAACAUAAAUAAAAUGGGUAUCACAAGGAUGAUAUUCUUUUC